UGUUUUCACCAGUUUUGAUUUUGUAUUGUGGAUUCCCUAACUGACAUUUUAUUACACGUGGUAGACAAUAAUACAUUGAUUAAAAAAAUUAUGAUGCAAACCGGAAUUGUUAUAAUGAAUGCGUACGUCAAAGUUCCAAUCUUAUCUGUCUUAAGAAUAUAUUUCAACAAACACCAUUAUAUAACUCAAAGACGUUACCACCAUAGUCUAAUACAAGAAGCGAAUAAAAAGACCAUUGGCAUCAUUGGAUGUGGGGCAUCUGGUUUGGCGGCUCUGAAAAAUUUUGCAGCCGAAGAUUCACUGUUCAAAUGUGUUGCGUUUGAACAGACUGCCAGCAUAGGAGGUACAUGGGUCUAUACAGACGAUAUCGACCGAGAUCAAUAUGGCUUACCAGUUCACUCCAGCAUGUACAAAAGUUUGAGGUCAAAUUUGCCAAAAGAAAUAAUGGAGUUAAGUGGAUUUCCGCAUACAGGUGUUGGGGAUGCUUGCUAUUUUCCAGCUGCAUACAUACAGAAAUAUCUGAACGAUUUUACUGAUCAUUUUAAUUUAAGACCACAUAUUAAGUUUAAUCAUCAUGUCGAAAAAGUAAGACCUAUCAAUGAUAGCCAAUGGGAAGUAAAUGUUCUUGAUUUAAAACAGCAGAGUAAAGAAACCUUCAUCUUUGAUGCAUUGUUGAUAUGUGUUGGUAACUAUAGCAAUCCUGCUAUCCCAGAUGUUAAGGGUUCCAACAUAUUUAGUGGAAAAAUCAUGCAUAGUCAUAGCUAUAGAGAUGCAGAUAUAUUUAAAGGAAACUCAGUAUUAGUUAUAGGCUGUGGUGCAUCUGGCUUAGAUAUAUCAUUUGGCGCAUCAAAAGUAGCGGAUAAGGUUUUCUUGAGUCAUCAUAAUCCUCGAUUAAUGAAAUUGAAAAUUCCAUCUAAUUAUUUUCACAAGACUGAUGUUAAAGAAAUUGUUGAAGAUGGUGUAAUUUUUGAAGAUGGUUCUUAUGAAAAAAUUGAUACUAUAGUAUACUGUACAGGAUAUACAUAUAAAUAUCCAUUUUUAAGUAGUGAAUGUGGAAUAAAUGUUGAAAAUAAUGUUAUUAAAAAUCUUUUUAAACAUAUGAUUAAUAUUGAAUAUCCAACGAUGGGGUUUAUUGGUGUACCUAGGAACACUACAGGAUUUUACUUAUUUGAUUUUCAGUCUAAAAUUUUUAAGAAGAUUUUAGAAGGUGGUGUGAAACUGCCUAAUAAAAAAGAAAUGCUUCAAGAUACUUAUGAUGAAAUCGAGGCUCGAUUGGCUAGUGGUCAGAGAUUAAAGGAUCUUCAUGCAUUAGGUAAAACGAAGUGGGCAAUGCAUUAUUAUACUUCUGUUUCAAAAUUUGCCGGAGUAGAACACCCACCACCAGUGUUAUUACAAAUAUAUUUUGAUGGUCUUGAAAGGCUUUCAGAAGAUUUUUUGAACUUCAGAGGUGAUAAAUACCAAAUUAUUGAUAAAGAACAUUAUAAGGUACAAUAUUUUGACCAAAAUGAAUCAAUUAUCAAGAAACAAAUUUUGUAUUCUUUUUAAUACAAUUAUAACUUC